CACUGGCAGGGAAGCGGUGGCGGAGCCUUGUUUUCCACCUCGCUCUCUAGGGGGCGCUCCUUCCCCGCCAGGAGCUGCGAGAGAGGGCGUGUCGGGGCGGGGCUUGGCGAGUCUUCUCACGCAGGAGGCGGAGCUGGGCGUCAAUGACGGGGGUCGUGGGCGGGGCUUGCAGCGCGCCAAGGGGACAAAGGGAGAAGUGCGGCAGGGCGGAGCGUUUAGUGUCUCCGCGGUGGAGGCAGAGCGGGCAGGGAAAGCCCGGGGGACCUCGCACCGGAAGUAGGGGGGAAAACACUAGGCAGCCGGAAGUAGAGCCAUGGCGGAGCGACCUGCGGAGAGAGCUUACUACAGAUUCCUUGUACUUUUCUUCAAUUGUCUCUUGACCUUUGGCUCUUACUUCUGCUUUGAUAUCCCCAGUGUUUUGCAAGAGCAAUUCCAAGGGAAUUUAACCUGUCCCAAUGGAACACACUACAAUGGCACUGGACAUAACGGGACAGCAGAAUGUGUGGAGGGCCUGGGAAUGACACCUGAAGAAUACAAUCUUUUAUACGCCAUCUAUGCCUGGACUAACGCACUGGUGGUGAUAGUGGCUGGCUUCUUGAUUGAUAAACUUGGAAACCGCUUUGGAGUGUUUGUUUUCUCUUUCCUUACCGUCCUGGGCUCGUCCAUUUUUGCCCUGGGCUCUCACUUCAAAGGAACACCAUACCUUUUGCCACUCAUGCUGACGGGCAGGUUGCUUUUUGGCUCUGGAAAUGGAUCACUCACAAUUGUGCAGAAUCGCAUCACUGCCAUUUGGUUCAAGGGGAAGGAGCUGGCUUUGGCAUUUGGGCUCACACUGUCCUUCUCCCGACUUGGAAGUGUCCUCAAUUUUUUCUUCACUCAGCAGUUUGAAAGCCACUUUGGUAUCCAGUGGACCCUCUGGGGGGGAACUUUGCUAUGCUUGCUGGGAUUUCUUUCAGCAAUCAUGGUCAGCAUGCUGGAUAAAGUUGGCAUGAAGCAGCUUGGCUUGGAUGGAGUUAUCCAGCAGGAAUCCAAGAAAGUGCGGGUUCAGGAUAUCCGCCAACUUCCCCUUCGUUACUGGCUUCUGGUUCUCACCAUCAUGUUCUUCUACAACGGGGUCUUUCCCUUCGUGGCAGAUGCCAGGAUAUUUGAACAGGGCGAACUUUGUCCGUACAAAAUAUGUGUUGUGCUGUGGAGGAAUGAACCCAUUCUUGAACUAAGAGCUAAAAGAAGGGACUACGUAGGACUGAGAGGUUUGUUUGCCCUUGGCUGUGCAGUGCUGACGUUGCCCGUCUUUGCUCUGCUGGCCUUUACAUUUGUUCCUCCGCUUGUCUCGACCAUCUGGCUGGGCAUUACCUACUCCUUUGCAGCAGCUAGCAUGUGGCCCUCCAUACCCCUUGUGGUUCCCCAGGCAACUCUGGGAACAGCCAUGGGGCUUGCGACAUCUGUACAGAUGAUAGGAAUUGGUCUCUCUAAUGUGAUUGUGGGAAAGAUUCUGGGAACAAAAUCCAGUGAAUUAAAGAUCCCUUUAUGGCGCUGGCAGCACAUGAUGAUCUUCAUGCUGGCAAAUACCAUUGCUUGCAUUAUUGUUGCUAUCGGUCUCAACAUAAUAGAUAAGAAGAAGGGUGGAACAAUGAAUCGCUCAACAAAACGUUCAUCAACAGAGCAGGUGGCCGGCCAGCCUGUGGACACAGCCUCUCUACUCAAUGAUGUGGAAGACGAAGGAUCCAUCAACUAGGAAAGUCCUCCAGCAGCUACUGGGGCGGCACAAAGUAUCCAAAUAUCUUUUUUAUAAAAUAAUCUUUCUUUCCCUCCUUCCAGUAUUUUAAAAGGGAGUUUAAAGAACAUAAACCCAUACUGCUUGUGUGUCCUUUUUCUGGGCAUUUCAAUAGACAUAAACUGAGUUUAUGGUAGU